AUGGAGGUGGGUGCUUUGGGAACAGGGUUUGUGUGCUUUCCAGCUCAAAGACAUGUCCUCACGUACAUGGAGGAUGCAGUGAGCCAGCUGCUGGAGAACAGAGAAGAUAUUAGUCAGUAUGGCAUUGCCAGGUUCUUCACUGAAUAUUUUAAUAGCGUGCGUCAAGGAACACACAUCUUGUUCCGUGAGUUCAGCUUUGUUCAAGCUACCCCUCAUAACAGGGCGUCUUUUCUUCGGACCUUCUGGAGGUGUUUCCGAACAGUGGGGAAAAACGGAGAUUUGCUGACAGCACAGGAAUACCACUGCCUGCUGCAGCUGCUCUGCCCUGACUUCCCAAUGGAACUCACUCAGAAAGCAGCAAGGAUUGUGCUGAUGGAUGAUGCUAUGGAUUGCCUGAUGUCUUUUUCUGAUUUCCUCUUUGCUUUCCAGAUCCAGUUCUACUACUCAGAGUUCCUGGAAAGUGUGGCUACCAUUUAUCAAGAUCUGCUGGCUGGUAAGAAUCCAAAUACUGUGAUUGUGCCAACAUCAUCCUCUGGGCAACAUCGGCAGCGCCAACUCCCAAAUGACUGCAGCCCACUCGAUGGGGUAGAGGCAUCUCUCUUCUACCAGUGCCUAGAGUCCUUGUGUGACAGAUCAAAAUACAGCUGUCCACCUUCUGCUCUUGUGAAGGAAAUGUUGAGUAGUGCACAGAGACUGACCUUCUAUGGAUUCCUUAUGGCACUUGCAAAGGAUCAGGGGAUCAAUAGAGCCCUAGGGGCUUUGCCAGAUAAAGGAGACUUGUUUCUGGACCCUGCCAUGGAUCAGGAACUUGAGAAACUGGUAGCUCAGGUUUCAGGGCUUUCCGUCUCUGGUCCCACCAGUUCCAGCGGGGACGCAGCUAAUUUGCCCGUCCGUAACUCACCCAGGAUUAACUCUCCCUGGAAACCUCUACACCAUCGGCGAAAAAUGGAUGCUGAGAGCGAAGGCUCCAAUGAAGAGACAGACUCCUCUGAAAACUGA